AUGAACUCAGAGGACAUUGCAUUUGCGUUGCAAAUUUUCAAGUGGGCAAAGAGGAAGAAGCUCAAACCGCACAUCACCUCGAUGCUCCUUGAGUACGCACUUGGGUUACCUGCCGAGCGACCACUCAUUCCUGCUAUACGUUUCGACAUCAACAUGCGUGACGCUGACUCAAUUCUUUCGUUUCGUUUUAACGUCGCUGGUGUUUUGCAAUUGACUUCACUGCUUGGUGUCCCCAAUGCCGUCAUUACCUCGUGCCGUGACCGCGUCAUUGGCGUCGAGGCUCUGGCCAUUAUGCUGAAGCGCUUGCGUUAUCCCAUCACGUACUACGAUUUGUUGGCUACGUUUGGUCGCUCCCGGGAGCAAAUCUGUCGCAUUUUCAAUCACAUGAUCAACUUGGUGUACAACAAUUGGAAAGACCAUAUUUACUGCAACAAGCGAAUCGUGCGCUCGCGUAUUUCGGCAUAUGCUAAAGCAAUUUUUGAGAAAGUGCCAAGGCCAAUGGAGCUGGCGGACUCAACUUGCAAAAAAGGAUCUACUCUGGGCACAAACGAAUGCAUUGUUUGA